AUGGAUCUUCUCCUUCUAGAGAAGACUCUUUUAGGGCUCUUCGUAGCCAUAAUAGUCGCCAUUGUUGUCUCUAAGCUUCGCGGGAAGAAGUACAAGCUCCCGCCGGGGCCGAUUCCGGUGCCGGUGUUCGGGAACUGGCUUCAGGUCGGGGAUGAUUUGAACCACCGCAAUCUCACCGACUACGCGAAGAAAUUCGGCGACAUUUUCAUGCUGAGGAUGGGGCAGAGGAAUUUAGUGGUCGUCUCCUCGCCGGAGCUGGCCAAGGAGGUGCUCCACACGCAGGGGGUGGAGUUCGGGUCCCGCACUCGGAACGUGGUGUUCGACAUCUUCACCGGGAAGGGACAGGACAUGGUGUUCACCGUCUACGGCGAGCACUGGCGGAAGAUGCGGCGGAUCAUGACGGUGCCGUUCUUCACCAACAAGGUGGUGCAGCAGUACCGGGAGGGGUGGGAGAAGGAGAUCGCGAGCGUGGUGGAGGACGUGAAGAACAACCCCGAGGCGGCCACCACCGGCACCGUGCUGCGGCGGCGGCUCCAGCUCUUGAUGUACAAUAACAUGUACCGGAUUAUGUUCGACAGAAGGUUCGAGAGCGAGGACGACCCGCUGUUUAACAAGCUCAAGGCGCUGAACGGCGAGAGGAGUAGAUUGGCUCAGAGCUUUGAGUAUAACUAUGGCGAUUUCAUCCCCAUUCUCAGGCCUUUCCUCAGAGGAUACUUGAAGAUCUGCAAGGAGGUUAAGGACAGAAGGUUGCAGCUCUUCAAGGACUACUUUGUUGAUGAAAGAAAGAAGCUUUCAAGCACAAAGAGCAUGGACACCAACAGUCUGAAAUGUGCCAUUGAUCACAUUCUUGAUGCCCAGCAGAAGGGAGAGAUCAAUGAGGAUAAUGUUCUUUACAUUGUUGAGAACAUCAACGUUGCUGCAAUUGAAACCACUCUCUGGUCAAUUGAAUGGGGCAUUGCUGAACUGGUUAACAACCCUCACAUCCAGAAGAAGCUCCGGGAUGAGAUUGAUACAGUUCUUGGACCGGGCGUUCAAAUCACCGAGCCAGACACCCAUAAACUUCCCUACUUGCAGGCCGUGAUCAAGGAGACGCUUCGCUUGAGAAUGGCUAUUCCCUUGCUGGUUCCCCACAUGAACCUCCACGACGCCAAGCUUGGAGGGUAUGACAUCCCCGCCGAGAGCAAAAUCUUGGUCAAUGCUUGGUGGCUCGCGAACAACCCAGCUCACUGGAAGAAACCUGAAGAGUUUAGGCCCGAGAGAUUCCUCGAGGAGGAGAAGCACGUCGAAGCCAACGGGAAUGACUUCAGGUACCUCCCGUUCGGAGUUGGUAGGAGAAGUUGCCCUGGAAUUAUCCUCGCCCUGCCCAUCCUUGGCAUCGUUUUGGGACGAUUGGUGCAGAACUUCGAGCUCCUCCCGCCACCCGGCCAAUCUAAGGUUGACACCUCUGAGAAAGGAGGGCAAUUCAGUCUUCACAUUUUGAAGCACUCCACCAUUGUCAUGAAGCCUAGGACUUUCUAAAACGUGUGCUAUAUGUAAUCUGGUUUAUAAUUCAAACUUUGGUUGUUCUUUUGCCAA